UAUGUUUUGGCCUCUAGAUGACAAACAACACAAGCCUGGCUGCUGCAGAGCGAGCAGGAGCAGCAAGUGCAGAUAGCUUUCAAGCUAACGCUAGCUAUCACAACAUAAUAAACCCCCCCGCAGUCUGGGGCUUUAAUCAGUCACUAGUUUGGUAGCUGGUUCAAGGCUGGCUUCGUUGGCCCAACAUGCAGAAAUAUGAAAAGCUUGAAAAAAUUGGAGAGGGCACGUACGGGACAGUGUUUAAGGCUAAAAACCGAGAAACCCACGAAAUUGUGGCUUUGAAAAGGGUGAGGCUGGACGACGACGAUGAGGGGGUGCCCAGCUCUGCUCUGAGAGAAAUCUGUCUUCUGAAGGAGCUAAAGCAUAAAAACAUUGUCAGACUACAUGAUGUUUUGCACAGUGACAAGAAGUUAACGUUGGUUUUUGAAUAUUGUGAUCAGGAUUUGAAGAAGUAUUUUGACAGCUGCAAUGGGGAUCUAGAUCCUGAAACUGUGAAGUCAUUCAUGUACCAGCUGUUGAAAGGCCUUGCUUUCUGUCACAGUCGAAAUGUUCUUCAUAGAGAUCUGAAGCCGCAGAAUCUCCUCAUCAACAGAAACGGGGAGCUGAAACUGGCUGACUUCGGGUUGGCUCGAGCCUUUGGCAUUCCUGUGAGGUGUUACUCAGCAGAGGUGGUGACCUUGUGGUACCGGCCUCCAGAUGUGCUGUUUGGUGCUAAACUUUAUUCUACCUCAAUUGACAUGUGGUCCGCUGGAUGCAUAUUUGCAGAGCUGGCUAAUGCUGGAAGGCCUUUAUUCCCUGGGAAUGAUGUGGACGACCAGUUGAAAAGAAUCUUCAGAUUGUUGGGUACACCAACUGAAGAACAGUGGCAGACAAUGACCAAACUCCCCGAUUACAAGCCAUAUCCCAUGUAUCCAGCCACCACCUCAUUGGUGAAUGUGGUCCCCAAACUAAGUAGCACAGGACGGGAUCUACUCCAGAACCUGUUGAAAUGUAAUCCUGUCCAGAGGAUCUCUGCAGAGGAGGCCUUGCAGCACCCUUACUUUGCUGAUUUCUGCCCACCCUAAAUGUUAAAUUUCCUCUCAGUGAACCUCAGCCGCCAGAAUCAAUCAUCCUUCACUCUGUUGGUUUCAUUAGGACCAGUCCCAACAAGGCAAAAAUCACUCACCAGUUUGUCAAACGCUCACCCUGCAAUUCAUUCUGUUGUGCCUCUGUGUGGAACAAAGUCCUAGUGGCUCUGCAAGGUUUUAGGCUCUUUUAAGUUGCAAGCUGGUUUAAUUUGGUAUACCUACACCUCUCUGCUCAUUAGCUGUAAUGUGGGAGGGUACACUAUGUGUUGUAAUGAAUAAAUUUUAUACCUGCAGAAAUGGCUCUUAACAAGGAGCCUCUCUUAUCCAAGAGAAUUAAUUUAACAUGUGCUGGUUAUCUCUGACUUUUAAAUAGUUGACCACAAAUGAACGAAGGCCCUUUGAAUCUGUGGUGAUCUGGAUCCAAAAUUCUAAGUGUUACUGCAUCAGUUACACAAACAGCCUCUCUAACAUGAUGGUUUCUAUUCCUGUUCUAAUGUGUUUUGCCAGUGUGCUUCCAUUAAUAUAAAAGACUUAACAUUGGUGGAGCCUAUAGCCCAAUUGGUAAUGGAUUUUCAUAGCUAAUACUAAUAUGGAUAUUGAAGGAGUUUUAAAAAAUCUGAUAACACUAUAUCAGCCAAUAUUCUUUUUUUUUUAUACACAUAGUAAUUAACAUUUUUGAUGAGGAUUUAUUAAUUUUUUUUUGACCAAGAUACACGUGUACUGAGUGAGAUAUUUUGUAGUGCACACAGUUGGACAGACACUUUCUAAAUGAUCUAAAACAUAUCUUUGGCAUUUCAGGACUUUUGUUUGUAGUUACUUAUCAGCCAUGAUAUACACAGGUUCUAAUAAAUAUGUGAUAAGUUAAUAUCUGUUGAUAUAUUGGCUCUACUUGAGACCACAGAUUCCUGGGGCAGCUAAUACUAAAAAUUCACUAUUUAAAAACAAGUAAUAGGACAUUGAUCUGCCAGUUUUAGAAUCACAAAUGACUUGAUUUUUUUUUUUUUUUUUCUUGAAACGGCUGAAGUCAAUGUUACCCCUCUUUUUAGGCUGCAUGUUUUUUUGUAUAAUGCUGUAUUUUACAGGUUUGAUUAAUUUCCAUAUUAUUUCCUUAAAGGUUUCCUGGUUAGAACUAUGUCAUUUGGUACUAAUGACAGGGAAAAUCUGAAGUCUCUUGAAAUAACUGAUCCAGUUGUAUUUGCAGAUUAUGUAUUUAUCCAUCAUCCAUCUAUUACUGGAAACCUUUUUUCUUUAUACAUUGUGUUUUUGUUUGCACAUCAAAUUCAUAUUUUUGCUCUCAAGGUUACACAAGCUGUUCAUCAGAACUGAUCGAUUAGAACUGUACUAACUGAACAGUAGUAUAUAUAAUUAGGACAAAUAACAUAUGUCUCUCCUGGAAACAUCCUAUGAAAUUAGAAACUUUUUUUUUUUUUUAACUUAGACCAGAUUAGACUACAAACCUCUAUUUCAUUGUCCCACUAACUAUUACAAGAUUGUACAAUAGCAUGGGUAGCUAAUUUAUAAUUUUUUUUUCCCUCAGGCUUUUUAUUUCCCAUUUUGGAUUUGUCUUUGUGCACUUUGUAACUGACAGUUUUAUUUUAAAUCGUUUAGUUAUCGAUAUUAUUAAAACACAUUGAACACUGACAGCCAGGAUUAUAGCCGGUUAUCAAUAAAUGGGCCAAUAUAUUAUAUGUAUGUUAAUGACUAGAGGACCAUUUGUGACACAACAUCUUUAUCAUUAUUAAAAUGUCUUUUAGCUUUUCUGAAACGCUUUUGUAAUAGUUAAAUUAGAGAUGGAAAAAAUGCAGAUAAUCUACUGGUAAUCUGUAUUUUCAUAUAAUGAUUGUUUUGCACCAUUAGCUGUUUCCAUUUUGGUUACUUAUUAUGUUAACAUGGGUAACAGCUUGCAGUGUUAUUUCGCUUCAGAUUGUUACAGUGCUACUUAUCCCAUAAAAGCCUACAUAAUGAGUUGUGUUACACGUAGCUGUCUUAAUAGGGAAAAGGCUUUAUUUUCAUUUCGCUGAUGUAAGACAAAGAUAAUGGAUGCAUGUAUUUAUUAAUGAUGGAAUGUCUGCUCUCUUUUUUUGCAUUUGUUUAUAUGUAGCACAACUUCAUUUGGUACAGAAAUUCCUUUUCAAUGAUUUAAGUAAUACUCAGAUCUAUAAUAUUUAGCAGGCUCUUUUUUAGGAUUUAAAAUGUUGAAGGUUGUGAAUUAAGUUAUAAUGAAAAAAAAAACAAACACAAAAGCAUUUGCUCUCAGUAUUUCAUUAUCUCAUAACAACAGGACAUUUCAGAUAAACUGCUGUAGAGUUUACACAGCCUAAAGUUUAAUUUUAAAUGAAGAGUGGAUUUUGCACUUUGCUAGUAUCUUUGCUUUUGUUGGUAGAAAACUUGGGAUGAAUAUUGUCAGUGACUCUUUUUGUGUAUAUUUCAGCCAAUAAGACUCAGUAUUCAGUAAAGUUGACAUAAAUACACGUUUGCUUUUGAAAUUGGGAGUUCAUUCUUGACCUUGUAAACAGUAGCUGACAAACUAACCUUGCCACAGGAUCCAUGUAGUAGCUGCACUGGAGCUUUCAACCAAGUCCAUACCAAGAGGGCAAACUCCCAUCUGCUGAGGAAGAUUGUGAUAGUCAAUCAAAAGCUUCAGAACAGCUUUUAAAUGAAUCUUGUUGUUAGAUUGCUUUGUCAAUGCUUGCUUUUUUUUUUUUUAAAUAAACAAUUUACACAGCUUGCA